GUCAUCGCUCGGAGCGCCCAUUCAUCUCUGCACUUGGGCGUUGGACCCCACGUCUUAUUAGCAACAAGGGAAAUUUCUCCAUUUUGCAGCCUGUCUACAGCGACACGGCCAGCAACCUGGGAUUUUAUUACUUCUCACCUGCUCUCCUGAAAAACCCUCCACACUCUGACUGGAGUUUGCUUUGCGUUUUCCCUGUGAACUUUUUCUUUGUGCACGCACAGUGAGUGAGAGAGAGAGGGGCUACCAGCGAAGAGCUUUGCGUUUCAACAAAGAGGCUUGGGUCUUUGUUCGCUUUUUGGAUCGGUCGAGUUUCUUUGUUGGAGCGAAAGCAUGGGAGCGCAACUGUCCAAGGCACCUGGAAAGGCUGAAACCGCGCCUGAAAAGCCAGGAGAGGCUGCUGCUUCACCCACCAAGACCAACGGACAGGAAAAUGGCCACGUUAAAGCCAAUGGGGAUGCCUCUCCUGCAGCAGCCGAAAAUGACAAAGAGGAGGUGCAAGCCAAUGGCAGCGCAACAGCCGAGGAGACCUCGAAGGAGGAAGCAGAGAAGGCCGAGCCUGCUCCUGCAGAGAAGGAGGGUGCAGAUGGGGAGAAGGUAGAGGCAGAGGCUCCUGCUGAGGGAGAGGCAGCUGCAAAGGGUGAGGAUGGUGCUGCACCUUCUACCAGCACUGAGACCCCUAAGAAGAAGAAAAAGAAGUUCUCCUUCAAAAAGUCGUUCAAGCUCAGUGGCUUUUCUUUCAAGAAGACCAAAAAGGAGACGGGCGACGGGGCCGAGAACGAAGAGGGAGCUGCAGGGUCCGCAACCGCAUCUGCAGAAGAGCCCAAAACCGAGGGCACGGAGGCGACAGCAGCGUCUGCCGGUGAGGAGGCCAAGCCUGCUGAAGGCGAGGCUGCACCUGCCACAGAGCAGACCAAGGAGGAGGUAGAGGCCAAACCAGAGGAGAAGGAGGAGGCAGCAGCAGCUGCACCAGAAACAGAAAAACCUGCGGAGGAGCCCGAGCAGGCCCCGGCCGCAGAGGAGCCAAAGGCUGAGGAAAAGUCGGCUGAACCUGCGGCCGAGGAAGUGCCCAAAACAGAGGAGGCUGCCUCAGCUUCACAAGAAGCAGCAUCUGCAGAAGCUCCAGCUGCUGCCACCGAGGCCGCUGAAUAAAAUCUGAAAGAGGAAGAAAGUUUUUUGUUUGUUUGUUUGUUUUAUUGUUUUGUUUUUAAAAGAAGGAAAAAAGAUAAUCAAAGAACAUUUCCCUGCUUGGAGAGACGCCAGCUCAUGGCUCUGAAGAACUUGUGUACAACCAGGGAUAUUUUAAAGCUUUUUCCUUAUUUUUGAUUUUUAGUUUCCAUUCCCCCCCCUUACACAAAACCCAUCUCAGCCCUUUGUUACUAGCGUUCCAGCAGGCUGUGGAGGUGGGUGGCUUCAAUAUGUACAAUUAAUUAAAUACAUCCACACUCUGCCAUAUAUUUUUACAUCAGUAUUAAGUUUUUUUUUUUAUACAAAAUAUAAACACAAUGGUAUGGACAUGCCCGUGGUAUGAAGGGGACCAGGGUUGAGUUGUAAAUGAAGGGUGGGAAGGGUUCAGGGAGGACAUUUGUGGAGUGGAGGUGGGGGAGGGGGAUAUCCUGGGAAAUGUGCUCCAGGCAAUAAUCGAGUAGUCAAGGCCGAGAUCUAUAUCCACCAAACGGUUUACAACACUAAAAUUGUUUUUUACAAGACAACAAGUCCCAGUUAGGUUUUUAGGAAGUCAUAUAAACUCAUAGGAGCGUUUCACUUCUCAUUAGCCGUCAGUGAUUCCGUAGAAAUACGAGUUGUAUAGGCUUUAUUGUUUAUUGCUGGUUUUAUGACCUUAAUAAAAAUGUAAGUAUGUAUAGGCGGGGGUGUUUUUAACUGUGAUUAUUGUACAAAAUGAAAUCUUGAUCUCAAGAAGCACAUAACUUUUGCUCUUUUUUCCACCCGCUCAUUUUUGUAUGAUAACAAAUACACACACAUACAGACAGACAUACAAACAAA